AUGGCGCCCAAAUCAUCAUCAUCAUCAUCAUCAUCAGCUAGCUUCCUUGCUCUGUUUCUGAUCCUAACCAUCUCCGCCGCCGCGAUAGCCCGGUCGGAGGAGAGGCUGCAGCCGGAAGCCGCGGCGGGCUGCUGGAAGGAAAUCUACCAAAUCCCCAACUGCCUCCUCAGCAUCAUCCGCUCCUUCUUGCCCGGCGGCGGCAAAGGGUCGUCCAUCGAGAACGGCGUCGGCGUCCCCUGCUGCAAGGCUUUCCUGUCGCUCACAGGGGACUGCCAGGUCGAGAUUUUCCAGAACAGCUCCGUUAUCCCCCUGAUCGAGGUUUUCUGCAAUGCCGUCGUCGGUUCACCGCCGGAGAACGGGGGAGACAUGCCGGAGCCAGAGCCAGAGCCUCCAGUAAUGUCCCCUGCCGCUGAGGAAUUGGGUUCCACUUUCCCUUGGCCAACAGCUCGCCUGGUUUAG